AUGCACGUCAUUGCUAAAUGGUCAAUGAAAACAUCGGAUAAGUAUAAGAAUGUGAAGUUUCGUUAUUCAUUUUCUACUAUUGAAAUAGUUUUAGCUGAACAACGUCCACUUGUUGAACAGAUUCUGAAUCGAGUGGCACGAGGUUUGUAUUACAAAUAUUUACAUAAAAAUUAUAAAACAGAUGACGGCAAAUAUUUACCUUCCUAUUUCGUUAAAACAACUGUAUUGUGGAUGUGUGAAACAAUGGAUUUGGAUCAAAUGUUCACUCUGGCCACAAGCAAUGAGAAAGUUUUGGCUGUAAGACUAGCGAACAAAUGGAUUGCUCAUGCCUGUUCAGUAAUGUAUUCUCAAAACUGUCUACAUUAUUUUAUUAAAAAUUUGAAUAUAAUUGACGAAUAUCCGAAGGAGUUUCUCGAUAAAGCCUGUCAUGCACUUCAAACGGAGGUUAAUUUCAGCGAUGAUUAUAUAACGCCAUUGGACAUACCGCCAGUUUCACUGAGUAAUGAUGAGCUGUUUGAUAAGGUUUCAAAGUGUAUAGAUUUAUGGGCGAAUCCUGAAUUCGCUCAAGAUAGUCAGCAACUUUGUUUGGAACUAAUGGGAUCAACAACUAUCGACAAUAUCUAUGAGGAAGAAGACGAAAUGGGUGGUGCACGGUGGCAAUCUAUAUUAGCAAUAUUAUCGCUUGCUAUGUACGACACUAUUGAAAUGAAUAAUUGGAAAAAAUGGAAGAAAUUGUUUCUAGAUGAUAUUUCAUCAGCGUUACCAACGCUGUAUUCAGAGGGAUUAGGAGAACAAUCAAAAAAAUCUCCCUUAUAUAUUGCAACUUUACUCAUGCCACUCAUGCUAGUGAAAUAA